AUGUCUCGCAUGUGGGAAGUCGACCCGGAAACAAGGACUAAGCUCCUCCAUAUCUCCAAGACAAAUGGCAAUGACCGCUGCUGCGAUUGCGGUGCGCCUUCACCUCAAUGGGCAUCCCCCAAGUUCGGCACAUUCAUCUGCCUCAACUGCGCAGGCACACACCGCGGUCUAGGCGUCCACAUCUCCUUCGUCCGCUCAAUCACCAUGGACGCAUUCAAGCACGCCGAGAUCCAGCGCAUGGAACUGGGCGGCAAUGAGCCCUGGAAAGCAUUCUACGACGCCCACGACGUCACCGUCUCCGAGGGCCGCACAUUCGAAGACUCAACCAUCAAGGAGCGCUACGAAGGCGAAGCGGGCGAGGAGUGGAAAGAGCGCCUAUCAUGCAAGGUCGAGGGAAAGGAAUACGUCCUCGGCCAGGAAAAGAAGAAGAGCAAUAAUAAUGCCGCGGCGGCUGGGCUCUCGCGAUCCAGCACACCGAUGAGCGUGGGCACGGGUGGCGUUGGACCUGGGAGGGCGGGGUCCCCCGCCGCAGGAAUGCAGCGAACGAGCAGCUUGAGGUCGGCUGGGCCGAACAGCAAGAAGGAGCAGAAUGAGGCUUAUUUCGCGAAGAUGGGCAACGAGAAUGCGACACGCUCGGAUAAUCUGCCUCCUUCGCAGGGUGGAAAGUUUACCGGGUUUGGCGGUGGCUUGCCGCCGUCUUCGGGGACUGAGCGCAAGUCCUCGCCGUUUGGCGGGUUCGGUGGGUUCGGAGGUUUUGGUGGAGGGGGCGGUGGUGGUGCCGGUCUUGAGGAUUUCCAGAAGGAUCCUGUUGCUUCAAUUACCAAGGGAUUCGGAUGGUUUGCAUCGGCGGUUGGGAAGAGUGCGAAGACGGUGAAUGAUUCAUAUCUCCAGCCGACUGCGAAGCAGCUCGCCGAGUCCGACUUUGCAGCCCAGGCUCGUCUUCAGGCUGCCAGUUGGGGCCAGAACUUACAGACUGGUGCCCGUGGCGCUGCCGACCAUUUCAACCGCUUUGUGGAGGGAGAUGAUGGUCAUGCCGGUGGUCAACGCUCUCGAGUGGAUCCCGAGCGCCGGGACUUCUGGGACGACUUCUCUUCUCUAGGUUCGCAGGAGCAGCAGCAAGCCGCUGGUCAUCGUCGCGGUGCUUCACGGUCCGAUGUUGUCGGUACGGCUGCUAUGCGAAAGACUCCUGCCAACAGCUCAUCUUUGGCUAAUUCUUCAACACCGACUACUGCUGAGACAACUACCGCCCCCUCUGGGUUAGAAGGGACGGAGGGUGGUGCUGCGUCCAGCGCCAAGGGAAAGGAUGACUGGGAUGAUAACUGGUAG